UAUCGGCAUAGCUUCCUUUCAUUGCUUGAGCAAUUAAAUACGUCGCUUUUAUAAGAAAUAGCUUUAUUAAAAUGACUAACCUUGUUUUUGUAGAAGUGUUAGAUACUUUAGAUUUAUCAAAUAAAAAGCUGAAAAAACUCAGCAAACCUUCCACUAGUGAAGCACAAGUUAGUACGUUAAUCCUCGAUAAUAAUGAACUUCAAAGGUUGGAUAAUUUAGACUCUUUUACAAAAGUCCAAAAUUUAUCAGCUGUUAAAAACCAGUUACUGCGUAUGUAUGGAGUUUGUCGUUUGCAUUGCUUACACACUUUAAAUUUAGCUCACAAUGGAAUUCUUACAAUUGAAGGUCUUAAAGAGUUGGUUAAUAUAAAACAUCUUUGCUUAGCAGGAAACAGCAUUAAGACAAUAGAACAUUUAAAUACGAAUGUAAACUUAGAGCAUCUUGAUCUCUCUGUAAAUAGCAUUACUCAUGUGUCAGACCUUUCCUUCUUAAAGAAUCUAAAGGAAUUAUACCUGCAUGGGAAUAAAAUAGGUCAUUUACAUCAGUGUGAUCGCUUCCUUCCAACUAGUUUAGUAACAUUAACAUUAGCUUCGAAUAACAUUGCAGAUCUUAAUGAAAUAUCUCAUCUUUCACAUUUAACGAAUUUAACAUCCAUCUCCAUUUCCAAUAAUCCCUGUGUCAAUUUUGUGGGUAGCAACAUAGGCUUUGACUACCGUCCAUUUUUAAUAAACUGGUGUAUGAAUGUACGCACAAUUGAUGGUUAUGCUGUAGAUGCCAUUGAAAGCCUUAGAGCAGAGUGGUUAUAUUCUCAAGGCCGGGGUAGACAUUUUAGAGUGGGCGAGCAGAAAGAAUUAAGUCAGUAUCUUGCAACUGUUUGUCCUUUGACAGGUGAGGCUCUAGAGACCGAAGAAGAUCGCAAGCUAAAACUGAUUCUUAGCAAAGCACAACAUCAUCAACAGCAGCUGAGAGAUCAGCAAACAAACAGUGAAAACUCUAGUCCGUCCCCUGCAACUAGGAAGAAGCUUCAGGGUAUAAAGAACUCUCCAAGAUUUCAAAAUUCUAGAUUGUCGAGUAUUUCAAAAUCUCCAGAUAGAAUGAGUUCAAGCUGCUAUUCCACCAGUAGUAAUUUGAUUAAUUCGCCGUUGAUGACGCAGAGUUUGGAUCCUACGAUGCUUAGUCAUACAAUUUCACAAAAAAAUAUGACCAGUGAUAGAAGUUGUCAGAGUAACGAAAAAUUGAAUGAAAAUACAGAAAAAUGUUUCGAGGAACUCACUAAUACUCCGUUACAAGCUCUUACUAAAUUAGUGCCGGUACCUGAAUCUCUUAUGAGUCCUGAUUAUCGACCAUCACCCUUAAUUAAUCGAAUAACUCAAUCACCGCCUGUAAAUAACAUAAAACCACAGUCAAAAGCCAUUCCGGUUACGAAAAGUCCUCGAAUGUCACGAGCUGCAGUUAACAGAACAAAGGGAUCGGAACUUAGGAAGGGUGUACAGACGAAGAAUCCAUUCCGGUUACGAAAAGUCCUCGAAUGUCACGAGCUGCAUAAUAACAAGACACCGCCAUCGUGUCUACGUAAGUCAAUAAGUAGCGAUGACGAGUCAGAAAUUUGUGUGUCUAAGCUGCAAACAAUCCAAAUGAAAGCCGAAGAAGCGAAGCGACUGCAACGAAAUCCGGAAGUGACAACUAAUAGUAGCAAUGAGGAUAAAGUUGAAAGGGCUGCCGUUAAAAUUCAAAAGGUCUGGCGUGGCUACUAUACUAGGAAUAAGGAUCAAAAAGUGAUAGACAUGCUAAAGGGUUUGCAAGCUCAAAGAGCGCAACAGUACAUUGAAAAGCUUACUACCGAUAUGGAAUCUACAAAGGCAGCGUUAGAAAGCGAACGUAAAAUUCAAAUGCUGCAAAUGCAGGCGAUAAAUGCAUUAUGGAAGAAAGUGUCAACGCUUCAGCAGUCUGAGAGCGGAGACAAUCAUCAAACACCAGAUGCUACGCUGAACAGUUCAGAAGUGGUCAGAGAUCUUGCUCAAACUUGCUGUAUGCUUCAGUCUCAGAUUCAACAACUCCAAGGUUCAAUGCAAGAUAUGAUCAAAUUUAUGUCCAUCUUGAGCCAGACAUCGGGGAUUCACCAACAAAUCAAAGAUGCAAUUGCCACCCAAACAGAAAUAAGUGCUGUCCAUACCCCUCAGGGAGAAGCAGCAAAAUUCUUUCCAUUUCAUAAACAAAGUCGACCAUCUUCACUGCCCCUUCCUGUCCACCAACGUGUCAAAAAUACUACCGUAUCUAAUACAAACACGGAACUGCAACAGUUUGCCGGAAGUCUAGUUGAAGACGUUAUAAAGGACGUCAGUGAGACCGCCACCCAAUGUGAGCAAAAUGGAGAGACAAACAAGGACCAGGAGUCAAAUUAUCCAAACAACGACGGUGAUGACGAUUAUAAGGAUGCAACAACAGAAGGCUCAAAAUUAUUUAACGAGAUCGUCCUGCGAAAGCAACUGUAUUUGAGAAGUAAAGGAAAAGUACUCUGCUCUAAAUAUGUAUGAAGAUUAUCAAAAUUUGUAACAAAAUUAAAAUAUGUUGACCGUCUUUGACAAAGUACUUUCUAAUAAUCCAAUAAUAAUAAUAAUAACUUUUAUUCAAAAACUAAUUAUUUAAAACGGUCGUAUUUUGAUAUAUAGUAAAUAGUCGCAAAUUUUAAUGAAAGUUAAGUAAAGUAUACCAGAUUUACAACUAACGAAUCGUAGGAAUUUCUUACUGAAUGAUAUUCUAUUAUUUUUUAAACCGUACAAAUUUAAUCUGUUUUAAUAAUAUGCUAUUCUCAAUAAGUUUAAAAAAAUGACAAUGAAGUUUAUUUACGAAACUGCGGAUAUUUUUGGUAUUUAAAAAAGUAGCCGGAAAUAAUUAUAUUUUUAAUACCUUUAAUAUGUUUUGAACAUUUCGAAUGAUUACAUUCGUUUGUCUCAUGACUGCAUAGGGUAUCUUCAAGAUAAUUAAGAAUAGACCAUUUAUUUACAUUUUUGAAUAAUGUGUAAGUAAACGCAUUUUUAAAAUGUCUGGUGUCUAUUCUAAUGCAAAAUUUUAAUUUUUUUGUAAUUAAAUGUGUUGUGUUUAUGUUCCACGAAAGAAAUUGCGAUUUAACCUUUAUUUCAUUCAUCGUAGUUUAUUUUUAUGGUAAUUGGAAGCUUCUUUAUGAAUGAAAACAUCAUUUAGAAAUACGUAUAUACGCAUGAGUGGCUACCAGUAAAUAAAAUGAUGAUAAGUUUUGUCAUAAAGAAUAACGAUUUUCUAACCAAUCUUACAUUUACGAGCAGCCAGUUAUUACCUUUUUUGAGCUUUUACACGAGAAUAAUAAAUACUUAGAACUUAUUAUCAUAAUACAGAAAGAAAAAACAAUCUCGUACAGUUGUUAUACCUACUUUAAUAUUUAUUAAAAAAAGACGUCAUGUUUACUCGUUGAGGCAGGCUAGAUCAGUACUUUCAGAAAUUAAUAAGUUGCUAAUUGAAAUUCUAGGAAAUUUGUAUGUUUUAUGCAACUAUAUUUACACCUUAGUGCAAUAUUGAAGGAAAGUAUUUAUAUCAAAUAGUUACAUAAUUUACUGCCUUAAUACAACUAAUAACGUGGUUUUGGAUUGUUCUGAAAUGUAUCUGCAGAACAAGAAUACGCUGUUAAUUAAUAUUGCAUUUAUUUUGUAUCUGCUGAAUGCUUUAUCAAGACGUUACUAUUAUUUUAAAAUUCUACAGUUUCAUAAAAGUGGUCUUAAACUUAAGUUGCUAUUAUCUUUCCAGUUUCAGUUAAACUUUCUUAUAAAUAACAAAUAAGAAUUAAAAAAUUAUUAAAACAUGAAAUAUUUCAAACACAGUUGUUUCGAAAAUAUUUUGAUAAGAAAUUACGUUUAUGAUGAAUACAUCGAGAUUUCUUCAGUGAAAUUAAUAAUAGGCGAAGCCUUGUUUAAAGGAUAUUUCUUUUUUACUACAUUAUAAUUUUUUCAAUAUAUAAAAUCGAGUCGAUACUUUGUACUGUGUAAAGAACCAGAAGUUACUUGUUUUCAAAAGUAGGUACAACCACUUUUCAUAGUUGUCUUUACAUUUUAACACAAUUUUUUGAUAAAAUAUGUAACAGAAAAUGUUUAUAUAUAGACAGCCACUAACCGAGCCAGAAGUUUUUUGUGCAAUGUUAAUAUAUAAUAAAAUAAGAUGUUCUGCCUUAAUCACCGCGAAAUUAAAAAGUGAAAAUGCUGAACGAAAUGCCUUUUUGCAGCGUUGUAUAAAUUGCAUAGGUAAUAAUAAGUAAUAAUAAUGGUAUUAUAAUAAAUGAUUACUGCUAAGGUCAUUUGUACAUAAGUCGCAGCCAUCCAUUUAUUUAUUGUAUGUUAUGCGCACUGCAUACUAUUAUUUCGUUUUUAAAAAAAAAUA